AUGAAGCUGACAAUUGAAAAGCUCCUAGGGUCAGGUUCAUUCGGCGUUGUUUUUCGUUGCGUUACGCCCGAGGGAAACAGGGUUGCCGUGAAGCGCGUCAGCCGGGGCUGUCUAAUUGUUCCCGCAGAGGUCACUGUGGCACAAGCCGUCAAGCACAAAAAUGUUUUACCUGUCCAAACGAUUUUUGCUACAAAAUCGCAUGAGCGUCUGAUUCUGUCCAUCGUCACACCACUGUGUACGUGCGAUGCGGCCAAGUUAAUAGCAACGCCCCUCAAGGAGGGACGAAGGCUGUCGGCCGAUUGCUGUGCGCGAAUAGCUAUAGAUGUUUCCAUGGGUUUACAAGCAAUACACAAGGCUGGGUAUGUGCAUCGAGAUGCGAAAGCACAAAACUUCAUGAUUCGCAUCUCUCAGAGGGGCGGAGGCUAUAAAGUGGUAGCUCUUGUGGGGGAUUUAGGAUCCGCAAGACAAAUUAAUCCGCUCUGUUACCCAUAUGCAUCACCGAAGUCGAUACGUACCCCGGAGCAGUGGGUCGGUAUUCCUUUCUCUUUCGCCUCGGACACUUUUGCUUUGGGGACCUUUUUGCUCCAUUUGAUCCACGCACGUCCCCGCAUAGCUACGUUUUCCGAGUGCAUUCGCAUCAUGCCAAAAAGCGGAGUCGACGAGUUUCUAAAAAGAGUUGAUUCGUCAGUGGCGGACACUGUGAAGACCCUCGUCAAGGAGGCUGGCAGAGACCGGGAGCCCUUUGAGCAAAUAGUGAAGACACUUGAUCCUGAGAGGGCCAAGUUGGGCCGUUUGGCCCUGAGGUGUCUGGACUGGGAAGAGUCUCGUGUAUCGCUCGACGACGUCUGCGCUGCUCUCCAAGAAGACUUUCCAAAGCUUCUGAACAGUGAUGUCUCUAUAGACCUGUAUGAAUGA